CUACCGCUGAUAAAGUGAAUAAUAAUGACAUCGUUAUCUCAUGCGCAUGUAAUAAUUAUUUCUCCAGAAAUGUUUUCGUCUUUCAUUGUCUAUCUCUUGAUUUGUACUAUAGUCGAUUGUGAGCAGUGCCCACAGGCAAUAACGCAUAUUAUACACAAAUUUUGGACACUGAAUUGAUUCUAAGCCGCCUGAUUGACGAAUAAUAUUGUUCAACACAGACAUUCGUUGUGAUAGUAUACUGUUUGAGUAAUAUUCUUGACCUUUGGCAAUGCUGUGAAUUGAACUCAUUCUAAUGGAAUCAGCCCGAAUGACACAAUACACGACAAGUGAAAGCGGAAAUUAUUUUUCGUUGCAUUCAACAUUACAAUGGAGAACUUGAUCAUCACUAUUAAAAAAUUGACAGAAUAUUGCCGGAUGGAUUUAUCGUUGAAGUCAUUAAAAAAAAUUAACCAGAACUAAAAUAGCAGCCUGGUGUAUAUCUUGAAAAAAAAAGAUAAAUCCGUAGGAAUAUAAAAAUUAGUGAAUGUAAUAGACAGUGAUGCAGAUUGUGUUUCAAAGACAAUCAACUUUGUAUCUAUAGCUAGAGUGCCACAAUCAGUUUUCGAUGGAUGAUUCAGUGUGUGAAAUUGUGUAAAGAGAAACAUAUUGAAAUUGCUAAGAAAAAUCAAAAUAUCGUAUAUGCACGACCGUGGGAUGUUGCCUGAAUAUUAAUUUUUGAUGAAAGAAAACCAUUUUGAAACAACAUGGAUCCAAUGGAAUGUCAACCUAGUACUUCGACAAAACGACAUACAAGUGUAAAAAAUGAAGACGAAACUAUCGAAAAACGUGCAAAAAAAGGUGUACAGACAGAUCCAAAAACUUCUGACACUUUCACCAAUGCAUCUGGCAAUACUGCAAAUGAAAAUGAAACCAAUAUUACAAAAUGUUCUACAACGGAAGAUGGUUUAAGUGUUUACGAUACUUCGGGUUUAAAGACGAGCCUGCAUGGAAUUGUAUAUCAGGUGAAGCUGUUGAUGCUAUUUUUGAAUCGUGGACACAAACUUGAAUACGAAUUUGAUUUGGCAACCGAAAUGGAUGCGGCCGAAAAAUUUGAUGAUGUUGUGUUUCGGUAUAAAGAUCCAAAAAUAAAUAAAUGGACAUGGCGUUUUCUACAAGCUAAACACAAACUUGAUGCGAAGAUCACUGUCAACGACUUAAUCACCACUUCAGAUAAUGAUAAUUUUGUUUUAUCUAAAUAUUUUGUGUCCUUUUGUAAAAUUAAAAACAAAGAUCUUUUCAAAGAUGCUGUUUUGAAAGAUUUCAUAAUCAUAACGAAUACUACUUUCGAUUUCAUUGAUAAAGAUGGCAAUGACCUUGAAACUAAAUGGAAGGGAUAUUUUUAUGAAGAAAUUGAACAGGGAAAUAGCUUAGAGGAGGAUAAAAUACUAGGCUUUGAGAAAAACGGUUUCGAAGCAAAAAAAUUCCGAAUCAAGAAAAAAGCGAAGAGUGGUUUAAUCGACAUGUUUGCUUCGUAUAUUCGACUCAAAGCAUUAGACAUUGAAGAAAUUAAAAAAAUUAAAGAUUUUGAAUUCAUUGAAAAGUAUAUUGUAGCUUGUGAAAUGUUGGACUUGAUUGAAAAAGUGAAUGCUACGAUUUUAAAUUCUAAGGAGAAAACAUUAGUUCUGAAGGCAGCCAAAAAAAUGGUUGAACUACAAAAGGAAAUGGAAAAAAAGCAAGUCUCCACAAAUGAGUGGAAUGUAACAAAUAUGGAGAAAGCUAUCGAAAAUUUAAGGAAAGAAAAACAAGAAAGGGAAAUAAGUGAAGCUAUAAAUAAGCUACAAACUGAAGCUAAUAAAAUGAAAACGAUUUUCAAAACAAUAGUACAGGAUUUUGAGAGGCAAAAAUCUGAACAGAAUAUUGAGAAUCAAUUAGAAACGCUUAUCGAUCUAAAAGAGUUAAUUAAGUCGAUAAAUGCCAACAAUGAUGAUUUACCCAUUGACCAAAUUGGAGAAAUCCCUCCAGAACUAAGAGACACGAUUGGAAAACAGACAUUUUACAAUAUUAAAAGAGGUAGCAAAAGUAUCAAAGAGAUGAAAAGAAAAUUGAGUAAAUAUUUAGAGAAUAGGAUUUUGAACAUAUCAACCAUCAUCGAAAUGGCAUUGGGCAUGAAAAGUAUUGAGAGUUACGUUGAUACAUUUCUGGAUAAAUUUCGUUUCGUCAUCAAUUACCCAGAUGAAAAAGAUUUGAGUGGAUUUCUCGAAGGGGAACUGAGCGUUCAAUAUAAUGUAUUAAAUACCCAUUUGAUUACCAGUUCUUUUGAAAAAGAAAUGCUCGAAUUUCUUAAAAGCUACGAUCGUGGAACGGCCGAGUUUUAUACAGGAAAUUUGGCAAAACAAUUCUUUGACAAAAUGGAUGUAAAAAUUUCGAACCUGAUUAAUAUCGGUAUCAGUUUUGUCUACCCAGAGAAGCUCAAAAAAAUUGGAAUUGAAUUCAAUAAAAAUAUUGAAGAACUAGAAACAUUUCUAUCAAUAGACUCUGAAGAACAAAUCUUUUAUCUAAUUACUGAAAACACACGAUUGAGUGCGAUUAAAGUUUAUCGCACUUUGAUCAGCACUGGAAAAUACAAUGAAAAAGACAGUUUAAUUUUUAUGCGCCUACGAUCAUUGCUCUGCCAUCAGACACAAGAAUAUGUUCUACGGUCGUUUGGAGCUUUAAAUGAAAAGAAACAGAAACAAGAGGGAAAUAAAGAACAGAAAUCGUUCGAUCUCUUGGUGAUUGAAUGUCAGAAUAAACACCGAAACAAAGAUGAAGAAUUGGAUUUGUUUGAUGAAAUUAGAACCAUUCUGAAAGGUAAUCAAACAAGAAAAGUGGUUUUCAUUGCGACAAAUAAUGAUUAUGCUGGAUAUUGUAGAAGACAACUUAAAUAUACAUCUGUACAUGAUGAUACUUCUUUUAAAGAUUUGAAUGACCAAUCGCAAGACAAAUUAUUGCAAAGAAAAGUUAACUUCCAAGGAACGGAAACUGAGUUUAAUGAACUCAUAGAUAAGGGUUCAGCCAAGCAAUAUGAUAUCGGGCUUAUACAGCUUAUCGAGAUUACUGGAAAAUGAAGAAUCAAAAAUAAUUCAGAUAGGCAGUCAAGAUGACUUUUCAUCCACUGGUUAUGUGGACGAUUUGUAUAUUGAACGAAAAUUACAAAGAAAGGUCAGAAACCAUGAAAU